CCGUAGACCAGGAGUCGUCUUCUUAAAUCCGAUCGACCCAUUGGGGGAAGUCGGCGGCCACCAAAUCAUCGCGGUUCCCGUCGGCGGCUACCGGUGAUUCUCGUCCAGGGCACGGUUCGACAACUUGGAACGUAUCUUUUCAGCGGAAGCUGGUUAUCUUGCUAUUUGGACUCCAACUCUUUAACUCAUGGGGAACUGUUCAGGAAAAAAAGGGACAGGUAGUGAUCUUGAAGAGGAGAUAGACUUCGGAGGUGGAAAUGUGCAUGUAAUUACUAGAAAAGAGAGCUGGGAUCAAAAGAUUUUGGAAGCAAACAAGGAUGGCAAGAUCGUUGUAGCAAAUUUCAGUGCAUCUUGGUGUGGCCCAUGCAGAAUGAUAGCACCUCUUUAUAAGGAGCUGUCUCAGAAGUAUCCGUCACUGAUGUUUUUGACAAUAGAUGUUGAUGAAUUAAUGGAAUUUAGUUCGUCGUGGGAUAUACGUGCAACUCCAACAUUCUUAUUCCUGAAAGAUGGGCAGCAGUUGGAUAAGGUGAUUGGUGCUAAUAGGCCUGAGCUGGAGAAGAAGAUAAUCAUGUCUGUGGAUUCCUUAGUUCAGUGCUCCAAGGGCUCAAAUUGAUGAAGAGAAGGCGUCGUAACAUAAUAUGGCAGUAGAAAAAAUGGAGGUUCAUGCGAUAUAGUCACUGUUUUCGCAAGAAUUAAGUGAUAUUAAAGAAGCUGUAGUGAUUUUACAUAUGGAGGUUCAUGCAGUCAGUGUCACUGUCGAGCCGCUACUUGACUUGACAAGCAGAGGAGACUAGCUGAAAGGCACUAGAAGCUGUAGUGAUUUUACUCCAUGUACAUGCGUAGAAUACAAAAGCCUAUGUACUUAUCUGGACAUACAUGUAUACCUUGGCAGAAUCCAGUCCUAAACUUAGGGUGUUAUGGUACUGGAAGAUGGAUAAUUGAUAUCCGAAAGAGUGGAGUGUGCUUUGUAUUAUCAAUGAUGAUAUCACAGUGCAAUGAAGAAUUAUUUAGAGUGA